UGCACCGAACUUCCGGCGGAGUGUCGCUUGUACCGCCUCUCUCCUCCCGUCAAAAUUCGGGUGUUGUCGUCUCGAAGCGCCCUGUCGGAGAAGGAAAAGGAGCCGAAACGGGGAGUCGCACUGCUUAGCGUUAAAUAAAAGGGUCGGAAAAGUCAAAGAUAGUUGAAUAAUAACCGCAAACGUCACCGGAAAGUGAAAGCGACGCGACUUCCAGCUUUAAAGUGGACGGACUGUGUGUGCUUCAUGUCCUUUGCUGUCUACUGUGUGUUGUCAACACGUUUCGUGUCCACUUCAGUAGUUGUUACAUAGUGCUCCAGAGCCGAGGGGAAGAAAGAAAGGUCUCCUCCCAGUGUGUGUUGACGGAAACGACUCGAGCCGGUGCAAGGAGACACGGAAAGACCCGACUUCCAUUCACCAUCUCGGCCAGUGUUGAUUGCUCAGCAUGUCUUCAAAGGCUCACAGUUCCAAUAACAUCGCCCAUGCUAGACGGACUGUGCAGCAGCUGAGGAUAGAGGCCAGCAUCGAUAGGAUAAAGGUAUCCAAGGCCUCGGCGGACCUUAUGACUUACUGCAACGUUCACGCCAAAAACGACCCUCUCCUCAUGGGCAUCCCCGCCUCAGACAAUCCCUUUAAGGACAAAAAACCCUGCACAAUAUUGUAGGAUGGAUACCACUCGACCUUAUGCUUUUUCUCUCUGUCUCUCUCUUUUAGUUUUUUUUUUUUUUUUUUUUUUUGUGCUUAUUAAUGUUGCUGUGUUCUGUUUGUCGGGAGGAUUGAGGGCUGGACUGCGAUCGUUUCAUUACCUAGAGCCGGCUCGUGUUUUCGUGGUAACAAAUUACUGACGCAACUUUUGGAUUUUUUUGUUGUCUUCCUGUGCACUUUUUGUAUGACAACAGGUGGUUUCUCGGUUUAGUGACUUGGCCAAAUGGGCGGCGACUGUUAUCAUCUCUUUUGGGUAGAACGGAUUAACAAUUGUGACUGGCUCAGAUGGUCGAAUUCAGGGUUUUUUGGUCAAGCUUGUACGAAUGACAAUCCACAUUCCAUGUCAUCUGAAAACAUUGAUUUUUUUUUUUUUUUUUUUAAGUUUGUGCGUAACUCAUAAAUGUAAUUAUAGAAUUGGUCGUAUGAUUAAAAGUCAUAGCUUGAGAACGACGUGUAUUUUACUAUUACAAGUGGUGCCUUGAGAUAUGCGUGCCUUCCCUUUAGGAUUUUUUUUUUUUGUCUUGAGAUAUGAGCAAAAAUGUCAAAAGUCCAGCUGCCAUCAAUUGACAUUGGCUUCCUUCUAGAGGAAGUAGAAUAUACUCGAGACGAUUGAGUUUUUUGCUUUUAUGUUCAAUGUUUGCAGGUUAUGUGGUGAGCAAAUGUUCACAUAAUGAAAUAAAGUGUGUUGUAUUUCUAUUAAUUUCAAAGGCGAGUGAUGAUUUGAGAUACGGAACAACUUAAAUGAUCUCAAGGCACCACUCUUCUUGAGUGCACACCAUGUUGUCAAUCUCCAAAAAGAAAGUGAAACCAAUUUUCUCUCACUCUUUCCAGCCUUACUUGCCUCGUAUUCUGAAGAACACGUACUUACUGGGAGAACUGUGUUUUUUUUUUUUUUUGAUCGACGGGAUGAAACCUUAACGUGCCAUCUUUGUAUUUUGUGUGCGGUGCAAAAACUCGCCUGUGUCUAACUGUCAAUUCCUCUUAUUUGCAAUAAUUCCCAUAAACGUCUUAAGAAAUGUUGACCACCGUGUCAUCAUUUCUGCACAUUAAGCAACUAGGCUGUACAAGUGUACCCUUUGAUAAACUGUCAAAAUGUGCAUUCUGAGGAACGUCUUGGUUAUUCAUGUACCGACCGCCCUUUCUAUGAAGUCGAGCGUUCCUGUCAUUGUUCUAAUAUCUCAAUAAAGAUGUGUUGUGUCAGAGGAUUGAUGUUUGAAAUACA